AUCGCAUGUUCGCAAACCUUUGAGCAGCCGCGAGUGUUUCAGAGGCUCAACGAUCGCUGCCCAUGGCGGGAUGGUAGCCAUUUUCCGAAACUUCAGCACCGCACGCUCAUCCGUCCAAUAUAUUCCCAGACGGCUCUCCCUAUACGCAGCGGACCGAGACCUCCGUCGGCUGGAUGGGAACUCCUUCCCUUUCUUCGACGAGAGAAAGCAACUCGAGUCCCGUCUCGUCUCUCUCCUCGAUGGCUGCGACGGUCUCGUCCAGCUCAAGCAAGUCCACGCCCGUGUCUACCGCAAGGGCCUCGAGCAAUGCUGCUACGUCCUCGCGAAGCUCGUCCGCACGCUCAACGAGCUCGGCGUCCCCGUGGACUCGUACCAGCGCCUCGUCUUUCGGCAGGUCAGGUGCCCAAACCCGUUUCUUUACACUGCCCUCAUUCGUGGGUACUCGGUUCAAGGGCCGUUUAGGGAGUCCAUUGGGUUGUAUACGAGCAUGAGGAAGGAGGGUGUUGACCCCGUGUCUUUCACGUUUACGGCGUUGCUCAAGGCUUGUGGUGCGGCUCUUGAUUUGAAUUUGGGGCGCCAGGUGCAUGCCCAGACGAUGCUGAUUGGUGGGUUCUGCUCUGAUUUAUAUGUGGGGAACACGUUGAUCGGUAUGUAUGUGAGCUGCUGCGAUUUGGGUAGUGGGCGUAAGGUGUUUGACGAAAUGCUGCACAGAGAUGUUAUUUCCUGGACGACGUUGAUAGUGGCAUACACGAAGACCGGUGAUAUGGUGUCCGCUGGUGAUUUGUUUGAUGGGUUACCAGUGAAGGAUAUGGUAGCUUGGACUGCGAUGGUUACUGGGUUCGCACAGAAUGCCAAGCCGAGGGAGGCAUUGCAGUUUUUCAAGAGAAUGCAGGAUGCUGGCGUUGAGACGGAUGAGGUUACAUUGGCCGGAGUUAUCUCGGCUUGUGCUCAACUGGGUGUGGCUAAAUAUGCUAAAUGGGUUCAGGAUGUGGCUGAAAAAUCUGGACUUGGGCCAACUGAUAAUGUUGUUGUGGGGUCGGCUAUGGUUGAUAUGUACUCAAAAUGUGGCAAUAUAGAGGAUGCAUACCUGAUCUUUAAAGGAAUGAAGGAACGUAAUGUGUAUACAUAUAGUUCAAUGAUUUUAGGCUUUGCAAUUCAUGGCCUUGCUCAAGCAGCGAUGCAAUUGUUCAAUGAGAUGGUAGAAACAGAGACAAAACCUAAUAAAGUUACUUUUAUAGGUGUUCUUGCAGCUUGCAGCCAUGUUGGGAUGGUGGAUCAAGGCAAAAGAGUAUUUUCAUUAAUGGAAAAGCACUAUGGUGUCGUUCCAGAUGGUGAUCACUAUGCUUGCAUGAUCGAUCUUCUUGGUCGUGCUGGCCAUUUGAAUGAAGCACUUAAACUUACCGAGACAAUGCCCGUAAAACCCCAUGGAGGGGUGUGGGGAGCACUUUUGGGGGCAUGUCGUAUCCAUAGGAACCCUGACAUUGCUCAAAUUGCUGCGAGCCAUCUUUUUGAGCUCGAACCUCAUGCAAUUGGAAACUAUAUGGUUCUGUGUAACAUAUUUGCAUCGGCUGGUAGGUGGGAUGAUGUUUCAGAUGUGAGGAAGUUGAUGAGAGGGAAGGGAUUAAAGAAGAAUCCUGGAUGUAGCUGGUUUGAGUCGAAGGAAGGGGAGAUACACGAGUUCUUUGCAGGUGAUACAAAGCAUCCGAGGUCUAGUGAGAUAAAUGGAGUGUUGGAGGAUCUUCUGCAGAGAUUAAAGGGACUCGGUUACCAGCAGAUCCUGAGUUCCGUGGCUUAUGAUGUGAGUGAGGAUGUCAAGAAAGGCAUAUUGAUGGCUCACAGUGAGAAGCUGGCUCUGGCAUUCGGGCUGCUGGAUUCUAGCGCAAAUCGCCCUAUCAGGAUCAUGAAGAACCUCAGAAUAUGUGAAGACUGUCACUCUUUCAUGUGUGGCGUGUCUCACAUUAUUGGGAGGGAGAUUAUUGUGAGAGAUAACGUGAGAUUCCACCAUUUUAAUGGUGGGACUUGUUCUUGCGGUAAUUUCUGGUGACCAGAUAUAGUAUAUGCAUUGCUGGAAGUCUUCUUGUUAUUAUAAACGUGCUCCUGGAUUUGCUUCUUGUGAUUUUACUAAUACGAUGGAGCAAUUGUUUCGAUUCUUUUCAUUAAAGGGCUCAAGAGAGAUUGCUUCGAUGAAGUGCUUCGUUGGGUAGGGUCAGACGGUCAGUUCUCUUCGCUCAUGCUAUUUUUUGAUCGUCUAAACUAAAGAUGCACUCUCUCGAGCUUUUGAGGUGAUGACACGACUUUGUAACGCAUUGAAUGUUGAGAAAGUCUUGAUGCUAUUCCCACGUCUCAAAAUUCGAGUUCGACAUGUUUGACGUUCUUUUAGGCCUUUCAUUUUGCCUUUUCUUUCCUUUAGUGGAU